AAGAGCUGCAACAUUACAGAAAACAAAAGUCCAGGUGAAGCUCAAACACAGUAAUGACGAGGCAUCAACAAAACAGGAGAUGAAACAAAGGACAAGGAGGACAAUGAAAACAAUGUCAUGUGACCAACCUGUCUUUAACUCUGGGAGAAACAGAAGAAAGAAAGAAAGUUCAGUGAAGAUACAACACAAACGUCAGCUCUUAUUACUGUAAUUUAAAUCCUUUAAAUUUUACACACAAACAUUUUUAAGUGAACUGACAAUGUUGAACGAACACAAGAGGAGGACGACGUCUCCUGAGGCCUCGCAAAUGGAGUUAAGGGCGAAUAGAGCCAGGACGUACGCGUCCAGAUCGUCCAGUGCCAGAAGUUUGUCUCCGAACAACUCCUCAACAAAUCCCAGGAUCUUCGUUCCUCCCAAACCAUCCACCAGGAGUCGCUCCAGCCCGUGGCCGUCCCUGUCUUUUGGGCCCGUGAAAGAACCCAGUGAUUUUGUGAAGGAAGUUCUGCUGAACACAUCUGACGGUGCCAACAACCCCAGAGCGCUGGAGGUCAUCACACUGUUUGAACAGUUACAGGCAAACAACAAAAAACUGCAGUCCAUGUAUGCUGAGGCCAAAAACACCAUUGAUUCUUGUCGUAUGAAAUCAGAGACUCAGGACCCGGCGCUCGUCUCGGCCUCUUGUCCAGAUCAACACUGUGUUCAUUUUGACCCCAACACUGAACAAAGUCUGGUUCAGAGUCUCAAAAGUCAAGCCAACACUUUGGUCCAGCAGCUGUACACGUUUCUGGAUCUACUGAGAGAAAAAACAUGUCAACCCUCUGAAUACAUAAAGGGUCUCCUACAGCUUGUUGAAGAGCUCAACGCCUUGGAAAAGCGCUACCUAAUCAGGAAGGUUGAACACGAACUCCAUCAGCAGCAGUGUAAAAACAUAACAGCAUUUGACAGUGAACGGGCCUUAGAGCAGCUGAUCUCCCAGCUGAGACUUCACAUGGAAGGGUUGAAGGAACAGGUGGAACACAUGUUCCAGGAAAAUACCACCAGGGUGCUAACCCCGUCUCAACACCCUCAACCGUCACCUCCCUCUGUACGAACGGAUGUGGAAGAAACUUGGAAAUACUCACAGGGGGACAGUGCAUUUGCUGGCUCUGAGAGCGUCCGAUUGACUCCUGCUGCAGCUCACCAUCCUCACCACCAGAUGUCCUCGCAGUGUGACCUGGGGCAGCUGCUACACCACUUCACUCUGUACAUGACCAACCUCAGAGAGAGGCUGGAAAAGGCUCUACAGGAGCAGCCUGCCCGGACGGUUCCUCCUCCAUCUCAUCAACCCAGGCCUUCACCUACUCCUCCAGAUAAGGACAAAACAUGGAGGCUCUCAAAAGUCAAACACCCGUUAUUACACCCAGAGACCAGGCAACAACGCUCUAUGUGGGUCGAUCCAUCUGGGACUGAACCGAACUACCAGGAAUCCCCCGCUGACAGCAGCGUACAGUGGAGCAACGCGACAGAUUCACCGCCACAUGGACCAUCCGUUCAGUCUCGGCCAACCUCAGCCAUUCCUCCAGGUCACAAAUGGCAGAAUGACUGGAGGAAAUCCAACUGGAACGGUCCUGGCCACCAGAUGGCGGCACAAUCGGCUGAUCGGAGAUCCUUAACUGAAGAAUUUCACGAAUUCAGUCGAACAGCCUGGACUCCACUGGUAUAACCCUCUGUCAUGGAUCAAAACCAACAGAAAUAGGUCUUUGUCUCCUUGUGGUCAUGGGCAGAAGACAAUGGAAGAGACGGUGUUUUCAACUGAAAGGUUUUACACCACAGGAGUAAAAGCUCUGCUCACUUUCUGUUCAGAGGAGUGCAAAAGUUG